AUAAGGAAGCCUGUGAGCUGCCAGUAACUUGGAACGUUGGACCUGAUCGAACUGGAAUCUCCUCUUUUAUUCUCAACAUUCUACAGUCCCAUUGUCUGGCUUUAUUUUAUGCUGGAUCACCAUACAGAAAACUAAUGAUUUAACAGUUCUUCUUUUUUUUAUUCCUUUUUUACGGAUUCUAAAGUGACCCCGGUGGUUUAUUCUGCCUGUGUUCUGAAUUAAUCUGCAGCCAAAAAGGUGGAUACCAGGAGUGAAACUGAUCACCCAGGGGAGCACAUAAGGAUUAUCUAGAUUUAUUUCUAAUUGGUGUUGACCAUAUUCUGCAUUCCUUAUUCAUAUUUUCCUAAUUUCGUUGAUUUAUUUGGGACCUGGGUCUCUCUCUCUAUUUUUUUUUUAACCAUUGUUUGACCCUUGUACGGGGGGUGGUGGAGGAAAGACAUGUCGGGGACUAGGGAAGAGGAGCGUCGCAAACUGGCAGACAUCAUUAACCAUUGGAACGCCAACCGGCUCGACCUGUUCGAGAUCAGCCAGCCCACCGAGGAAUUGGAGUUCCAUGGAGUAAUGAGGUUUUACUUCCAAGACAAAGCUGCAGGAAAUUUUGCCACAAAAUGCAUCAGAGUCUCUAGUACUGCCACGACACAGGACGUUAUUGAAACCUUGGCAGAAAAGUUUCGGCCGGAUAUGAGAAUGCUGUCUUCCCCAAGAUAUUCUUUGUAUGAAGUUCACGUCAGUGGGGAAGAAAGAAGACUUGAUGUUGAUGAGAAGCCUCUGGUGGUGCAGCUAAACUGGAACAAGGAUGACCGAGAAGGAAGGUUUGUGCUCAAGAAUGAAAAUGCCAUCUUCCCACCAAAGAAGGCUCAAAGCAAUGGGCCCGAAAAACAAGAAAAGGAAGGGGUUAUACAAAAUUUUAAACGUACCUUGUCGAAAAAAGAGAAGAAAGAGAAGAAAAGGCGUGAGAAAGAGGCUUUAAAACAGUCAAUUGAUGGAGAGGAUGGACCACACUCAAAAGAUGAUAUGGAGAACUCACAGCUGGCAGCAGAGGUGUAUAAAGACAUGCCAGAAACCAGCUUUACACGCACAAUAUCCAAUCCAGAGGUUGUUAUGAAACGACGAAGACAGCAGAAGUUAGAAAAAAGAAUGCAAGAGUUUCGCAGCUCUGACGGACGGCCUGAUUCUGGUGGGACACUUCGGAUUUAUGCUGACAGUUUAAAACCAAAUAUUCCGUACAAAACCAUCCUUUUGUCUACAAAUGACACUGCAGACUUCGCUGUUAUUGAGGCGCUGGAAAAGUAUGGAAUGGAGAGAGAAAAUCCCAAGGAAUACUGUGUAGCUAGGGUAACACUUCCUCCUGGAGCACAGCAUUCUGAUAAAGGCAUGAAAGAGACUAUAUUGGAUGAUGAUGAAUGCCCUCUCCAGAUAUUCAGAGAAUGGCCAAGUGAUAAAGGACAACUUGAAUUCCAGUUGAAGAGAAGACCUCCAGACUACAUUCCAAAGAAGAACCGGAAGCCAGAUGGCAAGCCAGGAAAGGGGAAGAAUGACGGUUAUGGGUUUUCGGUUUCACCAGAUAAGCUGCCUUACUUGGUAGAAUUAAGCCCAGGCAGAAGAAACCACUUUGCCUACUACAACUAUCACUCUUACGAAGAUGGAUCCGACUCCAGAGAUAAGCCAAAGCUUUAUCGUCUUCAGCCAAGUGUCACAGAAGUUGGAACAGAAAAGUUUGAGGAGAAUUCUAUCCAGUUAUUUGGCCCAGGAAUCCAACCUCAUCACUGUGACCUUACAAAUAUGGACGGAGUAGUCACAGUCACACCAAGAAGCAUUGAAGCAGAUACAUAUGUUGAUGGUCAGCGCAUCUCAGAAACAACCAUGCUUCACAGUGGGGCGAAGGUCCAGUUUGGUUCCUCACAUGUAUUUAAAUUUGUUGAUCCAAAUCAUGACCAGUCACUGGGUAAAAGGCCUUCAGAUGCCAGCCAGAUGGUUAGAGGCCAGCGGAGUAAGCCUGGGAUACAAGAAACAACAUUUGGUUUGGAAGGUGAUGUUCUCAGUGGGACAGCACUACCAGCAAAUAAGAUUCCAAGCAAGCUGGACAACGAUAGAAUGUCCAGCACGGCAGAGAGGGGCAUGGUAAAGCCAAUGGUCCGAAUGGAUAAACAACAAGAUUACCGUUCCCAAGAUGGCAGAUCUCAGGAUGCUCCAGGACCUGAACACGUGUUACCUGCAAGCAUCGAGUUUCGAGAAAACUCAGAAGACACCUUCUUGUCAGCUAUCAUCAACUACACCAACAGUUCCACUGUACAUUUUAAGCUGUCACCAACAUAUGUGCUGUAUAUGGCCUGUCGGUAUGUAUUGUCCAACCAGUACAGGCCAGACAUCAGUCCUGGUGAGAGAACACACAAGGUUAUUGCUAUCGUAAACAAGAUGGUGAGCAUGAUGGAAGGUGUAAUUCAGGAAGUAGACCAGGGUGAUCAGAAACAAAAGAAUAUUGCUGGUGCACUGGCAUUCUGGAUGGCAAAUGCAUCAGAACUGCUCAAUUUCAUAAAGCAAGACAGAGAUCUCAGCCGAAUCACAUUGGAUGCCCAGGAUGUUCUGGCACAUUUGGUACAGAUGGCAUUCAAAUAUUUGGUGCACUGUCUUCAAUCUGAACUGAGCAAUUACAUGCCUGCGUUUCUAGAUGACCCAGAAGAGAACAACACACAGAGGCCUAAAAUAGAUGACGUGUUGCAUACACUGACCGGUGCCAUGUCACUCCUGAGGCGAUGCAGGGUGAAUGCUGCUCUAACCAUCCAGCUCUUCUCGCAGCUGUUUCAUUUUAUCAACAUGUGGUUGUUCAACCGACUGGUGACUGAUCCUGACUCUGGUCUUUGCUCUCAUUACUGGGGAGCCAUAAUACGACAACAGCUUGCCUACAUAGAGGCAUGGGCCGAAAAGCAAGGACUGGAGUUAGCUGCUGAUUGCCACCUUAGUAGAAUAGUGCAGGCAACAACUCUUCUCACCAUGGAUAAGUACUCUCAUCAAGACAUUCCAAAUAUUAACAACACCUGCUUUAAGUUGAACUCGUUACAACUUCAGGCUCUGCUACAGAAUUACCACUGUGCCCCUGAUGAGCCAUACAUUCCAACAGAACUGAUUGAGAGUGUAGUAUCUGUUGCUGAAAACACUGCUGAUGAGCUAGCUCGUAGUGAUGGCCGAGAAGUGCAAUUGGAGGAGGAUCCAGAUCUGCAGCUACCCUUCCUCCUUCCUGAAGAUGGCUACUCAUGUGAUGUAGUUCGAAACAUUCCCAAUGGCUUGCAGGAGUUUUUGGAUCCUCUUUGUCAGAGAGGGUUUUGCAGAUUAAUCCCUCACACACGUUCACCAGGCACCUGGACAAUUUACUUUGAAGGAGCAGACUAUGAAAAUCACCUGUUAACAGACAAUAGAGAUAUGCCUUUGAGAAAAGACCCUGAAAUAAUCACUGUGACUCUGAAGAAGCAAAAUGGCAUGGGCUUGAGUAUAGUUGCUGCAAAGGGUGCUGGGCAAGAAAAGCUUGGGAUAUACGUAAAGUCCGUUGUGAAAGGAGGCGCAGCCGAAGUGGAUGGUCGUCUAGCAGCAGGUGACCAACUUCUUAGUGUGGAUGGACGAAGUUUGGUGGGACUGUCCCAGGAAAGGGCUGCAGAACUUAUGACAAGAACGGGUUCGGUUGUAACCCUUGAGGUUGCCAAACAAGGAGCAAUAUACCAUGGCUUGGCCACACUGCUGAACCAGCCAUCUCCCCUGAUGCAGAGAGACCGUCGUGGCUCAGGGAAACCCCGACCAAAGAGUGAAGGUUUUGAGCUGUACAAUAACUCUGCUCAGAACGGGUCACCUGAAAGCCCCCAAAUGCCUUGGCCAGAAUAUAGUGAACCAAAGAAAUUACCAGCAGAUGAUAGAUUGCUGAAAAAUCGUGCUGACCACCGUUCUAGUCCCAAUGUAGCAAAUCAGCCUCAAAGUCCAAGUGGAAAAACGGUUUAUGCCACCGGGUCAACAGUCAAGAUAACAUCUGUUUCUACUGGCAAUCUUUGCACUGAGGAGCAGCCACCACCAGCAAGGCCAGAGGCUUACCCUAUACCCACUCAGACAUACACAAGGGAAUAUUUUACAUUUCCAACACCCAAAUCUCAAGACAGAUUGGCACCAGGACAAAACCAGUGGCCAGAUUAUGAGGAGAAAAUCCAGGUUCAGGGGGGAAGUAACCAUUCCAGCAAUACUUCAGUUCAACGCAUUGCUCAUUCUCAAGAGGAGUUAAGAGAUGAACCAGUAUUUCAAUCAGAAAGAGGUCGUCUAGAGCCUGUCCUGCGAAAAGAUGUAGAGUAUAUUGACAGAAAACUUGAUGGUAAAGAUGCAUGGAUGAAUCAAAGUUCUUCUGUGGAAUCCAGUACGUCCAGCCAAGAACACUUAAAUAAUACAAACAAGACUUUUUCUUCGGGUUCGUUAAACAAAACAGGCCCAGGAAGAUGGAAAACACCUAUAGCAUCCCAGCCAGUACCUGUUCCUGCCCCCCAGCCUAUCAGAACAGACCUUCCACCACCACCUCCUCCUCCAAUGCAUUAUGGAUCAGACUUUGAUGGCGUGCCUGUUGAUUUACCUCUUCCACCACCUCCUUCUCAAACCACACUGGGGCCGUCAAUAAACUCCCAAACCGCUGCAAUUGAACGUAAGAAAAGAGAAGAACAUCAACGAUGGUAUGAAAAAGAGAAAGCCCGUUUGGAAGAAGAAAGAGAGCGGAAGAAACGGGAACAGGAAAGAAAACUUGGGCAGAUGAGGACUCAUCCUUCUGGCCCAUCACAAACUAUUCUGCCAGCACCUCAGCCAGUAGCACCACCACCACCAGCUAUUCCACAAGUGCGGCCAGAGAAGCCAGCAACCCUACCUCGACCUCCAGACACAGUUAUUCGGGAAUUGCAACCUCAGCAGCAACCACGCACAAUAGAAAGAAGAGACCUUCAGUACAUUACAAUAAGUAAAGAAGAACUUUCUUCUAGUGACAGCCUUUCUCCAGAUCCCUGGAAACGAGAUGCCAAGGAAAAGUUGGAGAAACAGCAGCAGAUGCACAUAGUGGACAUGCUGAGCAAAGAAAUCAACGAUCUGCAGAAUAAGCCAGAUCGAACAGCUGAAGAGAGUGAUAGACUACGCAAGCUAAUGCUUGAAUGGCAGUUCCAGAAAAGACUCCAGGAAUCCAAGCAAAAGGACGAUGAUGAUGACGAUGAUGAGGAAGAUGAUGAUGUAGAUACUAUGCUCAUCAUGCAACGCCUAGAAGCUGAAAGAAAAGCAAGGCAGACUGCUAUGCCAGCAAUCUCUGUUCUAGAUUUGUUACAGGAUGAGGAACGCAGGCGGCAGCAGCAGCUGGAAGAGAUUCGCAAACGAGAAGCCGAGGAUAGAGUCAGACAAGAAGAGGAGCGUCGACGUCAGGAGGAGGAGCGGACAAAGCGAGAGUCUGAAGAUAAGAGGAGGCAGGAAGAGGAAUAUUACAACCGCUUGGAAGCAGAAAGGCGCAGGCAACACGAGGAGGCAGAGAGGAGAUUACUAGAACCUGAAGAGCCUGGUCUGUACAGACCUCCACUCCCACGGGAAUAUGAACUCCCAUCCCCACCCCUCCCGUCUAACGCUCCGCCUCCCCCACCUCAACGAAACACUUCUUACCUCAAAACACAAGCCCUAUCCCCUGACACCGUUUACACUGCCAAGUUUGUUGCAUACACUGAUGAUGAGGAAGACACAAACCUAGCAGGUCAGAAUAAAUACUCCAGCACGAGAAAGUCAUAUGGUGACCUGCUUCCAACCGCCCAUAAGCCACAGCUGCCUGCUGCACGCCAACCUCGUCCUGUAUCAGAUGGCCUCUUUCUUUCCAACUCAUUCCAGCCACCUUCAGCCAAUGCCAACAGUACUGGCCCUAAAUCAGCUUUGGCCCCUCCCAUUUCAAAUAAACCAGGGUACCUCCAUCACAGCUACUCAAAAGGACAAAACUCUUACACUGGAUCAACAGGUGCAAUAGCUGGAAGUAAUGAAGUUUAUAAGGACCCUAGAGACAAACGAUUGAAAAGUCAAGAUGGAGAUCUGGCACCACCAGAGAGCCUAACAUUUAAGGAAAGACAACGUCUGUUCUCCCAUGGUCAAGAUGUAUCGAACAAAGUAAAAGCUUCAAGGAAGCUAAUGGAACUGGAAAAUGAGUUAAAUACGAAAUGAUUGAAGGCACCUUAUGGAAUCUUAGAAAACACUUUAAUAAAAAAAAUCAAAUCGAGGGACUUGGGUUUAGGA